AUGAAUAGCUCAGGACCCCAGCCAGAAUAUAUCGAAUGCAACGCAGGCAACAGUCAUGAUAUUCUUAGAACAACUUUGGAGAAAAAUUACCCUGAUAAGGAGGAACCUGUUGUGAUUCUCUGUAAUAAUGUUAGCAGUGUCUUUGCUGAUAUAAAAGGAAAGAUGAUGAGUGGAGAUCCUGAAAACCAAAGGAAUGUGAUCCAGUACUCUAUUGAAAGUAUGACAAGUGACCAGAGACUGGAGCAAAGAGACACCCUUUUGAAAUACUUACAACAACCGGAGGGUGUUCUGGUCACUGACAUCGUUACAUUUGCCGGAAUGCAGGCAAGGAAUAUCAUUGUGUUUGAACCUGACACCCUUCUUUCUCCAAGAAGAAACAUGUUACUUAGAGCAACAACAUCACUGGUCUAUAUUAAGGGGGCUACCCCCAUCCCCCUCUCCUCUUAAGUGAAAGCUAUAUUAUUCCUGAACCAAUUUAAAAUGAAAUGAACUAUAUUUAAGAUAAACCAAAUGUAUUUAUGAAAAAUAAUUAUUACCAGUAAAUUAUCCAUAAUGUUACUUCUUUUCUCUCUUUGCUAAUUCUACAAGAAAUGAACACUGAGAAAUGAAAAUUGUCAGUAAUUAAAAAUAAAAAUUGUAAAUUGUACAACAUGUUACAAAGCAUGUUAUUUAUUGUAUAUAUAAUACGCUCUAAAUAAUGAUACAUGGUUGAUGGUUACCCACAAAGGAUGGAACUUUAAAAUUGUACAUUGUACAACAUGUUACGAAACAUGUUACGUAUUGUAUAUAUAAUACGCUCUAAAUAAUAAUACAUGGUUAUUGGUUACCCACAAAGGAUGGAACUUUAAAUGAAGACCUAAAAUUUGAAGAUUUAAUUUGAGUUUCUGACUGAACACCUGAAUAAAUUCCAAACGGUCGUCUUUGAAGUUUUCUCCUUUGUGGGUAACCCCAUAAAAUAUACUAAAUGGUAGUUAUAAGCUUCAUGAAACGACAAACCAUUCUUUUCAGUAAAUAAAUUUUUUUUCCUAAAUUUGUUAUUUUAAAUAAUCUUAUUUAUUUGAUCAAAGGUUUGAUAUUGUUUCAUAUUUAUUACAAUUUAACAAAAUUAAAUGUUUGUCUACGAAAAUCCACCCUCUCUCAAUAUAAUUUUUGUAAAUCUAAAACGGAUUGAUAAUACUCGCCGCUCUUGAAACAAAUCCAGGCAGUGCACAAAGAACCUUACUAGUAGAAAGAAUUAUAAUAUUUUAUUUUUUAAGAUCUAAAUAUUUUUAUUAACACAAAACAUAAAGUUAUAAAAAGUAUGAGUUUGAAUACGAAGAUUACAUAGUGUUAUUUUUGAAUGAAAUAUAAUUACAAGGAUA